AGCCAUCGUACCUUCAUCCCAGCUCUGCUGACUCUUCAGGCCUAUCAGGUCUCUCCUGGAACAGAGGACUGCUCACCAUGAAGCUCACCCACGCCCUGUGUCUCUGCCUGGCCCUGGCUCUGGCUCUGCCUUAUUCGCAUCAACAUCACGGCGGGGAUCCUCACGACCAUCAUCAUGAUCAUGAUGAUCAUCAUAUUGAACAUCAUCACGAUCAUCAUGAACUCGACCGUUGUCAGGGACUUGAGAUGGACGCUGUUGUAGUGAAUGAGGAUGGAAUCCCAUUGUUCUUCAAAGGCGACCAUCUUUUCAAGGGUUUCGACGGCAAAUCAGAGCUGUCUAAUGAGUCCUUCGCCGAGAUGGAUGACCAUCACCACCUGGAUCACAUCGACGCUGCUUUCUACAUGCCCUGCAAGGAACAUCCCAACCACACCCAUAUGUACUUCUUCUUGGACCACAAGGUGUUCAUCUAUCACCAUCACAAGCUGGCGGUAGGUUACCCAAAGGACAUAUCUGAGGUCUUCCCUGGAAUCCCUAACCACCUGGACGCUGCCGUGGAGUGUCCCAAACCAGAGUGUGACGAAGACUCCGUCAUCUUCUUCAAGGGUCACGACAUCUACUACUACAAUGUCCAAACCAAGGCUGUGGAGGAGAAAGAGUUCAAGGGCAUGCCCAACUGCACGUCCGCUCUCCGCUACAUGGGCCACCACUACUGUUUCCAUGGACACAAUUUCAGCAAGUUCGACCCGAAGACUGGCGACAUGCCCAGAAAAUACCCCAAAGAGGCAAGGGGCUACUUCAUGAGAUGCUCAAAUUUCAGUGAGAACAGCGACCAUAACGAGAGGGAACUCUGCAGCCACGUUCACCUCGACGCCAUCACAUCUACUCAAAGUGGAAACCUGUACGCCUUCAGAGGCCAAUAUCUCAUCCAAUAUGAGAGCAAACCCAAACUGUAUGCCCACCACAUAAAUUUCGGCUACGAGGAGUUACAAAGCGAUGUGGACGCUGUUUUCUCUUUCAAUGAGGAUCUCUACAUGAUCAAGGAUGACAAGUUGUAUGUUAGCCAAGACGAUGAGGGGAUGAGAGGUUACCCCAAGUCUCUGAAGGAAGAGCUCGGCGUUGAGGGUCCCAUCGAUGCUGCGUUUGUCUGUGAGGAUAAUCACAUCGCUCACUUCAUUAAAGGUGACCACAUUUACGAUGUGGAAUUGAACGGUCCUCGUGUUGCAGAAAACAAGCAGACGAUUGCCCUCUUCAAGAAGAUCGACGCAGCCAUGUGCGACAGCUCCGGGGUCAAAGUGUUCGUAGGCAGCCACUUCUACCACUUCAACAGCACCAUGGAGUUGGUUGCUGCCAGGGCCCUGCCGGAGCAGCACAGAGUUUCCACGGACCUGUUCAGCUGCGAUCACUGAGAGGCUUUCUGGACUGAACGGAUUUUAUAAACAUCACGUACAUGACACAGGGUUUCUCUUCUGGGUCUUCAUACCUCAAACUAACCCCUGUUUCUCUCUGGAAGAGUCCUGAGUUAUCAAAAGGUCAACGGUUUCGCUUUUUAACAUGCAGAAAAUGUAACUGCAUGUACAUUCAAUUUGUAAAGUCUUAUGAAUAAAGAGGAGAUGCAACAUA